GCGGCGGCCGCGUCCGUGGGGACCGGCGGGUGGCUGCGCGCGAUGCUGCAGCUGCGGGACACGGUGGACUCGGCGGGCACGAGCCCCACGGCGCUGCUGGCGGCCGGCGAGGAUGCGGGCGCGGGCCGGCCGGGGGCGGACACACCGCUGCGCCAGACGCUGUGGCCGCUGAGCGUCCACGACCCUACCCGGCGCGCCCGUGUCAAGGAGUACUUCGUGUUCCGGCCCGGCACCAUCGAGCAGGCGGUGGAGGAGAUCCGCGCCGUCGUGCGACCCGUGGAGGACGGAGAGAUCCAGGGGGUGUGGCUGCUGACCGAGGUGGACCACUGGAACAACGAGAAGGAGCGGCUGGUGCUCAUCACCGACCAGUCGCUGCUCAUCUGCAAGUAUGACUUCAUCAGCCUUCGGUGCCAGCAGGUGGUCAGGGUGGCGCUCAGCGCGGUGGACACCAUCUCCUGUGGAGAGUUCCAGUUUCCUCCCAAGUCGCUCAACAAGCGAGAAGGCUUUGGGGUUCGCAUCCAGUGGGACAGGCAGAGCCGCCCUUCUUUCAUCAACAGAUGGAACCCCUGGUCCACCAACAUGCCCUACGCCACCUUCAUAGAACACCCUAUGGCCGGCAUGGACGAGAAGACCGCGUCUCUGUGCCAGCUGGAAAGCUUCCAGGCUCUCUUGAUCCAAGCUGUCAAGAAAGCCCAGAAGGAAAGCCCACUGCCAGGACAGGCGAACAGCGUGCUGGUGCUGGAGCGCCCACUCCUCAUCGAGACCUACGUGGGACUCAUGUCCUUCAUUAACAACGAAGCCAAGCUGGGUUACUCCAUGACUAGGGGCAAGAUAGGCUUCUAGACGGCCGUGUCCUCAAGAAAACCAAGGUUGUGGGGAUUCAGUGUGCAACCUCAUGCUACCCACCAUGGCUGGAGAGAGCACAGGCAAUGUCCCUUUAGGUGUCUGAUUAGAAUAGUCAAGUGAAUUAUAUAUAUAUAUAUAUAUAUCUAGUUGGAUAUUAGACACCUUGGCAACUUGAUAGGUGAAGGCAGGAAUACUGACUGUCCCAUGCCACUGUGUUCCUUCUGUAACUCCACAUAAGUGUUUCCUCCAUGUCCCUGCGGGGCUUGUUCUUCCUGCCCUGCCCCUCCAGCAUGCCUAGCAGGGUGUGCCCGCCCCUUCUGCUCCGUGGACUGCUGAACACGAGACGGAGCACAGUGAUUCUGGAGCCUGCACCGCUACUGCACAAGCGUUAACACCCCCCCCCCCCGUCAAGUUUUGUAUUUUAAAAUUCAGCCCAUUUUUUCAAAGCUAAAUACAAUAGCAGUCCGUAGACCAGUUACCAAGAAAGGCUGCCUGCCUUCUGUGAGUGCAUGUGACCUAAAGCCACGCUUUGUAAAAUUAAUCCAGGUUGGGUUAACUCAGCAAUUUUCCUAGGCCCAGAAAAGGUCCAUUUCAUGACAUAAUCCAGCCCCUCCCGGAAGUUGUGGUAGUGGGUUUACAUCAUCGUGUCUCUGUUUAAAAGGGACUGAGUGGUUUGGUUUAAGAAGUGCAUGUUUAUUAAUAAACAGACCAGCCUGGACCCCAGGCACCAUCAGCCUUCCUGAGCUUUGCAGGGCUUCAGCACGCCAACCUCACACAGCUUUGCAGGGCUUCAGCACGCCAACCUCACACAGCUUGUCCCUGAGCUUCGCAGGGCUUCAGCACGCCAACCUCACACAGCUUGUCCCUGAGCUUCGCAGGGCUUCAGCGCGCCAACCUCACACAGCUUGCCCCACAGCUCUACCACUUGCCAAUACAACUCUAGUUGCUGGCCUGUCACGUGACACCCCUGCCCCGCUUUAAGUUAACCAGCAUGGAUGUGACUAGGAUGUCAGGGCCUGUCCAGGUGGAAAGGUGACCUCGGAUGCACCCGGUCUUCACCCUGUGCUUUUGGUCUCAUAGUAAAGACGUUGAAAACCAAA